GGAGAGGAGAGAGCGCAGAGAGCCGCAGCAGCAGCGGGACGCACCGGGACUCAGGCAGGAUAUUGAGAGAAGAGCGGAAAACACGGAUCCAGCGAGGACAUGAACAACCCGCGGAUUUUAGAGGAGAAGAUCUGAGAGGGAAAAUACUCGGAGGCUCGGAUCGUGGACAUAUUUCUCACCAGAGAGAGAGAGGAGAGAAAACACUUCAGUCAUGCAGCACUACGGGGUGAACGGCUACUCUCUCCACGCCAUGAACUCACUGAGCGCCAUGUACAACCUCCACCAGCAGGCGGCGCAACAGGCCCAGCACACUCCUGACUACAGGCCCUCAGUGCAUGCGCUCACUCUUGCAGAGAGACUUGCUGACAUUAUCCUUGAGGCCCGGUAUGGCUCCCAGCACCGUAAGCAGCGGCGGAGUCGCACGGCCUUCACCGCCCAGCAGCUGGAGGCCCUGGAGAAAACCUUCCAGAAGACCCACUAUCCUGAUGUGGUGAUGCGUGAGCGUCUGGCAAUGUGCACCAACCUGCCCGAGGCACGAGUGCAGGUCUGGUUCAAGAACCGUCGGGCCAAGUUUCGUAAGAAGCAGCGCAGCCUGCAGAAGGAGCAGCUCCAGAAACAGAAGGAGGCGUCAGGAGCAGCAGACGGCUCUCCAGAGGACUCCAAGACUGACCUCACUACCGCCAACACCACUACCACCACCACCCUGGCUCCUGAGGCCCGCACCCCUCCCCUCCCCUCCUCCCUCUCGUCCUGUCACUCAGAGGAGAGGCCGGAGGCGGCACGGCCCCAGCCUGACGAGAUGAGCGUGGAAGUCAACGUCACCUCCCCUGAGCCAUCGGACAGCGAGUCAGCAGCGGAAGAUAAUGCUGACAGAGAAGAGGACGAAAUGAGGGGGGAGACGAGGGUGAAGAUCAGGGGGGAGACGCAGGGGGAGGCGGGAGCGCAGCCAGGGAGCAGCUCCCCAUCCUGCAAACGACUCAGCCCUGCACCAGACUCUCCCCUGAGCUCCCCUGCCUUGCCGUCCUCCAGCAGUGCGAGUGGCGGUAUGGUUCAGAGCAACUCCUACGCCUCGUCCCCCCUCAGCCUCUUUCGUCUGCAGGAACAGUUUCGGCAGCACAUGGCCGCCACCAGCAACAUGGUGCACUACCCGUCCUUCGACAUGAGCACGCAGUCCUCUCUGCCCUACCUGGGCAUGAACGUCAACAUGCCGCCCCCGCUGGGCUCACUGCCCUGCCAGUCCUAUUACCAGUCGCUGUCACAGGCCCAGCAGGUGUGGAACAGCCCGCUGAUGCAGCCGGCGCCAGGCAGCCUCCCGGGAAGCAUCCCGGGAAGCCUCAACAGCAAGACAACGAGCAUUGAGAACCUCCGCAUGAGGGCUAAGCAGCACGCAGCCUCGCUGGGAUUGGACACGCUCCCCAACUGAAGCUCAGGCUGCUCAGUUUCUACGUUGGGCUGUUGCUCUGUUUCGUAGCUAUGAAUUAUGGGCCCUGUCCACAGGAAGUCACUCUGGCUCCCCGACACUUUCCUCUUGGCCUCUCAUCACCGUCAGCAACCAUGUGUAUCAAUCCAAAAACACAUUGAGAAAUAAAUCCGAUCUUUUGUCUGCUACCCAAUUGGCUGCCAAAAUGAUCAUUCUAAAAUUCCUCAGUUCAAAAUCUGUUUCCUACUUUAACAACUACUGAGGACAUUUUGCAGUUUUUCAGACUCCCAACUAAAUUCAAUUUCAAAACCCGAGCAGCACAACAAAGAGUAGCAACAACUUAUUUUAUGAAGACAACAAGUGUGUUUCAGAGCAGACACUGAAGGGGCCCUUUCUCAGCUUGGGGCCCGCGGUUGUUGAGCACAGCAAGUUGGCAUGUAGCUCACUGCUGAGAGCUCAUGACAAACAUGAAGAACAUCUCUGCUGGACAGAACAGAAAACAAGAUUAUAAGAAGAACUCAAUGGUCUUGAAUGAAUAGAUGAAAAAAAAGAAAAAAAUAAAGAAUAAUCCCACCUGGACUGGAGUUACGACUGAACACUUCCUCCUGCCCGUGUGGAUCUUGCUUGUGUUUGACUCCUUCUGGUCAACAGCUCAAGCCUAAUGCCAGCUGUUCACCAUGAAUCGAGUCUCCUUGGUGAAGAUGGGGCAGCAAGUCUUGAACCACAGAGCUGACGUUCUCUUUCCAGGACCAACAACCGACAUUAAAGCAUUCCAUAAUCCAACACCAUGAACGUGAACUAUGCAUGUGUGCACCCUCUAAAGCAUGGCUUACAGCCGCACAACGCAGAAUGAAGUCACAUCAGAUCGAACAUCACAAAUAAACCUCCGAUCAUUCAUUAUAAUCCUCGAGCCAAAUGUGUUUCUUUGUAGAUGACACGCCAUUCUACUUGUUUAAAGUCACAGCUCUGCCUGCAAGAAUCCAUUGAGCGUUGUAAAUAUCCCUCAGUGUAACUUCAUGUCUCCUUUUUGUGUGAAGCAAUUGUGGCUCUUAAGCAAAGGACCUAAAGAAAAGGAGGAGGCACAGUAACAAAUAAAUAUGAACCCAGCCCACGUAUAUUUUUGCUAACUCGGGUGCCAGAUCGAGGUCGCCAGAGAGACGCACUAGCCAGAUCUCUAUGUACUAUAUCACUGUAGAUUCAAGACAUGUAUUUCUCAAUGGUUUUGAAUGUGAGUAAUUUAUCUGUUUAAUUCAAGGGAAUAAAUCACAAAUAAGAAUGA